UUUCCUCUAAUUAGCAGCAGGUGUGACGGAGGUGUUUUCCCGCGCGGAGUGAAAGUGGAAAGUCGGAAGACAGCAGUCUGCUGCGAUGGAAACAAAGUGGAAACUCUUUAUUGUGUUUAUUUGUGUAUUGUCAAAGGGAGCCGUUAAAUGUUUGGUUGAAUCACACGAGUUUCCGUUUGGUGUGGGAGAAAAACUUUUGGAAGUGAGUGAAAAGCCAUCCAGGAGGGUCAGAGGGGACGCACACAGAUCGUCUCUGCUCGGUUCGGGGAAGACCUAUCACUCCAAGACUUUAGUGACGCCGCCGUCCAUGCGUCCGGUGCAGCCCGGCGCAGGGAUCCAGUCCGACUCUGGCAAAACCCCAGACGUCUCCGUCACCUGCUUCCCAUCUGACUUUGUCGUGCGGGUGAACCCAGCCUUCUACGGCCUGGGCGCAGACGCACAGGAGCUGACGCUUGGCAGCAGCUGCAAAAGCAACGGGGUGCUGAAACCUCAGGGAGAUCUGCUCUUUAAAUAUCCUUUGACUGCGUGUGAUGGAGUGCGUGAGCUGUCUCACGGAUAUCUCAUCUACAAAAACGUGCUCCAUUAUGAGCCCUCAUCCAAACGGUUUCCAAGCAGAGCGCAGCAGUUGAACCUCAACAUUGAAUGCCAUUAUCGAAGGGAUCAUUCUGUACAUCAGCUGGCAGUCCAGCCCACCUGGCAAACCGUUUUAGUGCGCAAGAACCUGAAAGGACGUCAUAUGGAUUUUCAGAUUAAGCUAAUGGACGAUUCCUGGAAGAUUCCAGCCAAGAUGCAGGUGUAUCUGCUGGGACAAACUGUAAACAUUCAAGUCUCUGCUCCCUACCUUCUCUUUGGAGAAAAAGUGUACAUCAAUAGCUGCUAUGCCACACCGACCAGCUCCAAAUCAUCCCUCAAAUACACAAUCAUCGAUAACUAUGGUUGCAUGUUGGACAGUAAACAGGACCCUGGAGCCUCACAGUUCAUUUCUAGGACAGACGACACCUUGAGGUUCUCUCUGAAGGCCUUCCAGUUCACAGCUGAUCCAGACACUGAGGUCAGCAUCCAUUGCAAAUUGUUAGUCGCAUCGGAGGAACCUGGACCUGUGUAUAAAUCCUGCACCUACAAAGGCCACAGAUGGAAGGCCCUCACUGGUGACGACGCUCUCUGUGAAUGCUGCGAGUCAAAGUGUGUAACCUCCAAAUCCCGAAGGGCUUUGAGGGAAGGUUUUGCAAGUAGCAGGCCCCUCCUGGUUUCUGAUCAGCCACAUGCAGCAGAUGAAGGCUUUUUACCUGCUGGUCCUACUGCAAACAGCUGGAGAAGAGGAGGCAAGGAAAACGAUUACUCUAAACUUUACAACCACGGGAAUUUCUGGGAAAAGGCAAGUGCAGUAAAGGAUGACAAAGCAGCUACAGAACCUAAGCGUGUCAAGUUGGAUUACAUGAAGGUUUUGGAGGAUGAGAGGGAUCAACCAGGAGAAAGAAAUCCCUCUGAUUUGGAAGAGGGUGGGUCAGGUUACCAGGAGGAAGACUCCCAAAAGACUGAGGAGGUCAAGCUGGAAAGUAAUGAAAACAGACCCAGCUUGAACCAUCAGGGGAGUGAAGCGCCCAAUCCUGGAGAAAAGUUGGAGAAAAUAUUACAGACAGAAAAAAGCUUAAAGGUGGAGCUUGUUGGCCCUGAAAAGGAGAUAAAAGGGUGUGGAGGCAACAAGACCGUGAGGACUUCUGACCUGCCAUUGAAUGACAGUCUAGCAGAUGAAAAGACGUGGUAUUUCACAUGGAGAUAGUUAAAUCCAUGAAUGUUUUGAUUUAAGUCCAUUUUUCUCAUUUGAAUAAAUCUGAAAAUGCAGUUGC